AUGCAAAAAUUAGCUGAAAAAGCUGUUGAUGAUUAUUAGUUAUCUGGAAUUGCAGUGUAUCAUAGAGUGGGUGAGGCUUCUGUAAAUAUUUUAGCAGUUUCUCCACACAGAAGAGAAGCAAUAUAAGCAGUUGCGUGGGCUAUAGAUGAACUCAAGAUGAAGGUACCAAUUUGGAAAAAAGAAUAUUAUGAGGAUGGUUAAUUUGAUGAGAAUCAUCAAUGCAAUUGUGAACAUGAGGCGAAAUGGAAAACUAAUCCUGAGAAAAUAGCAAUGGAAAAGAAGACUGAUAUACUGGCAUUUAAUAAGUAUGCAUAGGAGUAGCUAGAUCAAAUGAUCAAGGAUUAUCAAAAGCAUGAACCUAAUGCUGACUUUGAAAGUUUCAUCUAUAUGGAUGACGAUAAAGCCAAAUAAAUCAUCAAGCAUGUUAAAGAUCAAUAUAUUUCAGGGAAGUUAAGCUAGUAGGUAUUUUAGCCAUUGAUAAAGUUGUAUUUAUCGAUGAAACACAAGCUAGGCAAAAAUUUAAAGGAAACUAUCAGAAGAGAAACACUCUAUAAUAUUGCUUAAGCACUCUAUUUCCUCUACAUCUUUCUGUAUUUUACUGAUGAUGAAGAUAUCAAGAAAUUCAUCAGAGAUGUAGCAGGACUAAUGUAUAAAUUUGAUAAUGAUGAAGAGGAGAAUUAAUCAGACAAGAAGGUUGAAGACUACAUAAAACGACUUCAAGAAACAAUGAGAAAAGAGUUUCCUUUAAUCAAGGUUCAAAGAAAAGUAAUUUUUAAAUCCAAAUAAGAACUGCAAAAUGAGGCUCUGACAGUUAAGAGACUGUUAACUAAGAUGCCUUCAAUUCCUAAAAAAGCAGGAGAAAAGUACCAUAUCAUUGCAAUUGAUUGGUUUAAUAAAUGGAAGUCAUAUACUGGCUUUAAGUUUAUCAAGCUAAGCGAAGAUGAAGGAUAUACAGAUGAUGGUAACGGGAAAAAAUUUGACGAUGAUAAUGACAAAAAUGAUGAUGAUAGUGAUAUUAAACUAGAAAAGCUAAAAAUACAUUAGGACAAAAAUUAAGAUGACAAAGGCUAUCCAGGUCCAAUAAAUUCAACCGAAGGAUUUGAAAACCUUAUAAAUGACACAAUAUUUUUGAAAGAACCUUAAAAUGAUGCGGAUUGUUUUCAUUUAAAGACAUCCUGCAAAGAGGAUGAAGAUUUUGUCAUUAUAUCUCAUGAGGCUUGGAUAUAUCUUGAGGAGAUAUAUGGCGGUUAAGAUCUUCCUCGAUAAUCAAUUAAAAUUACUACUGAAGAUGAUGAGUAAAGUUCUGAUACCAAAAGUAAUAGUACUUAGUUUACUUAAGGAGUAAAAGAAGAGUUUAUGAUAGAGCUUUAUAUGAAGCCAAUUCAAAUAUACAUCUUGCCAAAAAUAUAAAAGCAUCCAUGCUUGAAGAAACCAUCAACCAUAUACAUAUCUAGAAGAGCAACAGUUCAUGAUUUAAGAGUCAAAAUGGCUGAAAUUUUAAAGUUUAGUAAAAAGGACAAUACUACUGUUGAUUAACUGCUUAAUAUUUCUAGAAUUUGGAGACUUGAAACUGGUGAAAAUGUUAUGUAAAUAGAAAGAGAGUAUGAUGCUGAGAGUAGAGAUGCAUUGCCUAUACCUUUAGAAGGCAGAAUCUUAGCAGAUUAGGAGAUAAUAGAAGAUAUUAAUGUAGCUGAAUAAGAUGUUUUGCUAUAUGAAGUUUAAGCCUUUGCAUAUCUAAAAAAUAAUAACUAUUUUGCUUUUAUUCCUAAGCAAAUGGUGCAAAGGGAAAAGAAAAGCAAGAAUAGCAUCAUAAAAAGCAUGAAGGCCGAAGAUUUAGAUGAAAAGUAACUGAUGCUUCUACCAAUCGAUAAAUGUAUUGAAGGCGGUAAAUCUAGAGGGGGCUUAACAGGAUUAUAAAACUUGGGCAAUACUUGCUUUAUGAAUAGCGUAAUUCAAUGUCUAUCAAAUACAGAACCAUUAGUAAAAUACUUUAUCUUUGGUUGCUACGAAGCACAUAUCAAUUAAAGAAAUGGAUUAGGGACACGUGGACGAUUAGCUUAAGCUUUUUCCGAGUUGCUAACAGAAAUUUAUGUAGGUUCCUCUUCAUAUGUAGCUCCUUGGGAUGUUAAAAAUGUUAUUUCAAGAAGGGCAAUACAAUUCUAGGGUUUUGCAUAGCAUGACUCACAAGAAAUGCUUUCAUUCUUACUGGAGACCCUUCAUGAAGAUUUGAAUGAUGUAAGUUCUAAGCCAUAUGUUGAGUAUAAGGACUUUGACGGAAGACCUGAUGAGGUUGUGAGUUAAGAAUACUGGGAUGGAUUUAAAAAGAGAGAAAAGUCACUUUUCGUUGACCUAUUUUAUGGUUAAUUGAAGUCAAGAGUGUAGUGCACUGUUUGCAGCAAAAUAUCUAUUUCAUUUGAUCCCUUCAACAUGCUUUCUGUGCCAAUUCCUCAAACUAAGGAGUAGAGAAUUGUAGUAAAAUACUUCCCAUAUAAAAUUGAAGAGCAGCACAGAGAAUUCGUUAUUAAUGUUAGUGAUCAUUUUAGCAUUGGGGAAAUCAGGCAAAAAAUCAUGGAAUAUCAACUACCUGAAAAUCAAUAAAAGCUGUUGUUUAUUACUAAAGUUAAAAAUAAAAAUACUAUUGAGCUACUUACCAACAAAGAAAAGGCGUUGAAAUAAUAGUUAGAGAGAUAUGAAGAACUUUGCGCUUAUCAAAAGCCUGUCAUACCUGAAAACACAGAUAAUUAUUGCUUAGUAGAGCUUAAGAUUUCUCAAAAUAAAAAAUCAUGGAUGUUGUGGUCUGGUGGUGUUCAAACAAUCAGUUACUCUAGAUUAUUAGUUCUAGAUAAAAGAAUGACAAUCAGAGAUAUCAAACUAAUGAUAUUUAAGCAGUUCAGAUAUCUGAUAAAGACUCCAGAUAUUCCUUCUCUUACUAAGGAGAGAAGAAAGCAUAUGAAUGAGCAAAAGAUAUUAGAAGAGGAAUUCAACUGGUUUUUCAACGAAAAAGAUAGCUAAAGUACUUAAUACGAGGCUCUAAACCCCCUUUAUCAAAUCCAAAUAAAUAAUAAUUUACCUGUUGAAUCAGGUAUGAUUUAUGGAUCAACUCAACCUGAUUGUGAUUUUUGUAAAAAGUAGCAUAAAGGAGCAAACUGUAACCUUGAAGUACUGAAAGAUACAAUGACUUUGAGGCAAAUAUUAGACACUAUGAAGUUUGAUAGAGAUUUUGAAUUGGUUGUAGUGUGGAACUCAAACCCUUAAGCUAAUCUAAAAUCCCUUGAAAACCUCUAGUUUGACCAAGUCAAUUUGGCUUAGUCAAUGAAUAACAACUCACUUUCUAAGAAAGGAGGUAUAUCUAUUUAUGAUUGCAUCAGCUGGUUUAGUUAAGAAGAAACACUUACUGGAAACGAUAAAUAUUACUGCUCUAAAUGCAAAGAACAUUAAGUAGCACUAAAGAAAAUGGAAUUAUACAGAGCUCCUGAAUUCCUUAUAAUUCAUCUUAAGAGAUUCUCUCAUUAAAGAGCAACAUUUUUCAGUUCUAGAAAGAUUUAAGAGUACAUUGAUUUUCCAGUAGAAGGUUUAGAUCUUAGUAAUUAUGUACUUCAGGGCAAAGAAGAUGAAUCAAUAAUAUAUGAUUUGUAUGCUGUUAGUAAUCAUUAUGGAAGUUUAAAUGGAGGACACUACACAGCAUAUGCGAAAAAUCCAAUCAAUAAAAAGUGGUAUGAAUUCGAUGACAGUGAUGUUACAAGACUAGAUAGUUCUAAAAUACCAACUAAGGCAAGUUAUGUAUUAUUCUACAGGAAAAGAAGAUGA